AUGCGAUCGCUCUGGGGCAUCGUAAUCUCUUGGAUAGUCAGUUAUGCUUUGGCCGAAUGCCCCUCGGAGGAGCUUCCUUUGCCUGAGCAAUAUGCUGAAGGAAAAUUUUACUACCCAAACGGAUCUCCUCAGUGUGUGAGCAAAGGGUCUCAUAUGAAUGUGAGCUGGUCUUCGAUCUUUGAAGCGACGAAUCUCUAUCUGAUCCAGGGGGAAAAUUUUAAUAGCCCCGUUGGAAUUGCCUUAAACACGGCAUCCACUUGGUAUGAGUGGACUGUGAACUAUUCCGACGCAACAAACCACUCAAUUCCGUUUGUCUUCCGCAUAGUCAACGCUCAAGGCUCAAGGGAAGCGCAGCAAGGCGGUGGAUUUCUCAGCGGCCAGUUCUAUAUUAAUUUCGGCUCGGACCUAAAAACAUCCAUUACGAUGUCCCCGACAAGUACUCUGGCGAGCACUACGGGGAGUUCCUCUAUAUCCUGGACUACAUUACCCAGUAAUACGAGCGAGGGAGAGCGCUCACAAAAAGAAGACGAUAAUUCACCAAAUAAAAAUCUCGCGCUAGGGCUGGGUAUAGGCUUGGGCGUGCCGUUUUGUUUAACUGCUGGAGCUGUCUUCUUCCUUAUACGGCGGAGGGCUAAACAGCCUCCUUUCAUUUCUCAGGGUUAUAAGGGCCAACCAAGUAAUAUAUCACAUCCUGACAAGUCCUUUGAGCCAUUUGGACCUGAAACCGUGCAUCGUGAUCCCCAAGAGUUAUAUGCGGAUAGCAGAUGGAGUAGACAAGACCUUUCUCAUCAACCCCAGAAUCGGCAUGAGCUAGGAUAA